AUGAACGGAAACUACGGCAGCGCAGGUGUCCCACAAAGUGGAGUGGGAGCUCCUCCAGGUUCAAACACGCCACACUAUUCACAACAAUCGCCAAGCGCCGAAGGGGCAUCUGGCACGCCUCAACAACCACUGCAACAGCCACCGCCAGCACUGCAAGCACAACAGCCAUAUGGAUACUACGUGUAUAACCAGCAACAGAAUCCUCAACAACUGGACUACAGCUACAGUCGCUACCAGUACCCAGCAAACGCUCAACCAUAUUACCCACCCUCACAAGGCUCUCAGCAGCAAUAUGGAGGAAAUAGGAGUUACGGUGGAGCAUCUGCAUCAACAACCUCGUCCAUAUCGCAACCUCAGCACGCAACACCAUCUCAUCAAGGUGCGCAGAGACAAUUGCCCCAACAAGACACACUCAACCAUGCAUCAACAUCAACAGUUGGCCAAUAUCAGCCACCGGGAAUCAGACCAAGAGUGACGACAACAAUGUGGGAGGAUGAAAAGACCCUAUGUUAUCAAGUUGAUGCCAAUAACGUCAGCGUGGUACGUAGGGCUGACAACAACAUGAUAAACGGAACCAAGCUAUUGAACGUGGCACAAAUGACGCGUGGUAGAAGAGAUGGUAUUUUGAAACUGGAAAAGGUGAGGCAUGUGGUCAAGAUUGGAUCGAUGCAUUUAAAGGGUGUGUGGAUUCCAUUUGAACGAGCAUUGAGCAUGGCGCAAAGAGAAAACAUUGUUGAUUUGUUGUAUCCUUUGUUUGUCAGGGAUAUAAAACGAGUAAUACAAACGGGAGUGACUCCGUCGUCGUCAAGUGGAAAUGUCGGUGGUUCAAGUACCAAUCCAGGUGGAGCUGCUACAAGUACCAGUUCAAAAUCAAGUCCUUCAGUGUCGAAGUCUAGUGCCAAAGUCAGUGCCAAUGCCAGUGCCAAUGCCAAUGCCACUGUUCUGUCACUGGCAGGGUCAGGAAGUGGUUACUAUCAAGGGUAUGGAGGAGCAAGCGCCGGAUAUCCACAACAAUACACGUACCAGCAACAAAGCCAACAGGGACAACAAACGGCACAAGGACAAGACCCGUAUCAGGGUCAGCAGUACAGCUACCAUCAAGGUGGUUACUAUGGCGCAGGUAGUGGUCAAGGCGCAGCAGUUGGAGGUGGAGCUUCAUCAUCGUCUUCAUCUUCUUAUCCAUACCAGUACCCACAACCUCCACCCCAACAAUCACAAGGAUCUUACAGCAACUACGGAACCACUGCAUCAUCAACGUACCCCGCGCCAACUAGCACCGGGGCAGCUACCGCUAGCGGAGUACCCACUGGAAAUGCUGGGUCGGGAAGCAGUGGCGCAGGUGGGGCGCAACAACACACACCACAACAGACAGCUAGUAGCGUAGGGGGAGUGCAUGCAUCACCACAUCAACACGCGCAACAACUGCCUAAAGUUGGAAAGUAG